CGACAUCUAUACACCCCGGCCGGGCAGCGUGGAAGUUCUGACAGCUGACUGGGGAGGAAUUUCGCAAAAUUAACUCCUUCUUGACCCAGAGGCAGCAGAAAUAAGGCGGCCAUGCUGGAUAUUGUCUUAUUCCGAGAGGACCAAGGGGGAGAUCCUGCCAAGGUGCGGGAGUCCCAGAGAAGGAGGUAUAAGGAUGUAGGAGCCGUGGACAAUGUGAUAGAGAAGGAUACCAAAUGGAGAGCAGCACGGCACAAAGGGGAUCUGCUGAACCGCAUGGGCAACAUCAUCUCCAAGACUGUCGGUGAGAAGAAGAAGGCUGCGCGGCAGAAGGGUGAGCAGGAGGAGGAGGCGGGGAGCACAGGCCCAGACCUGGAGGCGCUGGAGAAGCACUUGAGUGAGUACAGUUAUGUGUGUGGGUAUGAGCCCAGUGAGAGGGACUCCCGGCUGGUGGGACGGCUGCCGGCACCACCUUCCCCCAUCACACACCCAGCCGUGGCUCGGUGGUACACACACAUGAACUCCUUCUCUGCCGAGGAGAUUAAGUGCCUGCCAGACCCACAGCGGCUGUCCUUCCGAGCCGAGCUGGCUAAGGAAGCGGAGGGCACAGAGACAGACGUGCCGCCCGAGGUGAAGGAGAAGCUGACAGAACUCACGGUGGACUUGCUGCGGCCCCUCAAGGUGUCCCAGCUGAAGGAGGUGAAGAAGCUUGUGGAUGAGACCAUGGCACAGAACAGUGAGGAACUGCAGAAGCUGGAGAAUGAGAGGGACGCCAUCCUGAAGGAGAUUGGCAACAUUGUAUACGAUGAUGUGCCAGUCAGCGAUAAUGAGGACAAUAAUGCCGUGGUGAGGACGUUUGGAGAGGAGACCACCAAGAAGUACUCCCACGUGGACCUUAUUGCCAUGAUUGGAGGCUCAGAUGCAAAGAGAGGAUCUGUCACUUCAGGAGGCCGAGGGUACUACCUGAUGGGACCGGCAGUGUACAUGGAGAGGGCGCUGGUGGAGUUGGGCCUCAGCAUACUAGGGAAGAAGAAGUACGUCCCCAUUGUAACUCCUUUCUUCAUGCGGAAAGAGGUGAUGCAGGAGGUGGCCCAGCUCUCCCAGUUCGAUGAGGAGCUGUACAAGGUGUUAGGGAAGGGUGAUGUGCCCGGCUCAGAACAGGUGGAUGAAAAGUACCUCAUUGCCACCUCAGAGCAGCCUAUCGCAGCGUUCCACCGUGACGAGUGGAUACCAACCGACCAGCUGCCCAUCAGGUAUGCCGGCCUGUCCUACUGUUUCCGUCAAGAGGUUGGGUCACAUGGACGAGACACGAGGGGCAUCUUCCGAGUCCACCAGUUCCAGAAGGUGGAGCAGUUCUGCCUCACCUCCCCACACGAUGGCAAGUCCUGGGAGAUGAUGGAUGAGAUGAUCACCAACGCCGAGGAGUUAUGCAAGGCGCUGGGGCUCCCCUACCGAGUUGUCAACAUUGUGUCCGGUGAAUUGAAUAAUGCAGCUGCCAAGAAACUCGAUCUGGAGGCGUACUUCCCUGGCUCUGGAGCAUACCGGGAACUUGUAUCAUGCUCCAACUGCCUCGACUACCAGUCCAGAAGACUGAGAGUGCGCUACGGAGCCACCAAGAAGAUGAACGCAGCGGUUGAGUACGUCCACAUGCUGAACGCGACGAUGUGCGCCACCACUCGGGUCAUCUGUGCCGUGCUGGAGAACUGUCAGACGGAGGAGGGGAUCAAGGUGCCCGAGGCCAUUAAGCCGUACAUGCCCGAAGAGUACAAGGAGUUUAUCCCAUUCCGAUUUCCUGCACCUAUUGAGGAGGAAGCCAGCAAGAAAAAGAAAAAGGGAAAGACUAAACAAGAAGAAUAGAGAUGAACAAAUGGAUGAUAUAUUGUAUGGUGUCCACUGAAGCU